AUGACACCUGUCUUUCUUGUUGGAACUUGCAGUAACUCUCAACUUAUCAAGGCAGAUGAAGAGUCGCGUGACUUCGUUGACGAGGCGAAAAACUAUCUUCUUCUUCCGCAAGAGCGUGGUCGUAUGCAAGGGCCAAGGACGCGUCCAAGACGGCCGGUCAAUCCAUAUGAAUUUUUGUUCGCAGUUGGAGGUUGGUGCAGUGGAGAUGCUAUUCAGACGGUUGAAAGGUACGAUCCAGUAAGGGAAGAAUGGAGCAUGGUUGCAUCAAUGAACAAGCGUCGGUGUGGCGUCGGCGUGGCUGUUCUUGAUAACAUUAUCUACGCGAUCGGAGGGCACGACGGUACCUCUUACCUCCAAACAGUUGAGAAAUUCGACCCGAAUGACGAAAACGCAUGGAGCACUGCUGUAGCGCCAACAUCAACCUGUCGAACAAGUGUUGGAGUCGCCGUCCUUAAUGGGUGGGUACUAAUGUAUUUAUACGCAAUCGGUGGCCAAGACGGCGGUUCCUGCCUCGAUUUGGUUGAAAGAUACGAUCAGGCGAAUAAUAAAUGGGAGCGCAAGGCAUCGAUGAAGACAAGGCGACUGGGAGUAGGAGUAGCCGUGCUGAAUGAGUUUGUUUAUGCAGUUGGAGGCUCCGACGGAGGAAAACCCUGGGACUCGGUGGAGAAAUACAACCCUAAGAAUGACACUUGGCAAAAAGUUUGCUCUAUGUCCACUGCUCGCAAGCAUCUCGGCUGCGCGGUCUACAACGACUACAUCUACGCCGUCGGUGGGCGUGACGACUGUACAGAACUGAACUCUGUCGAACGCUACUGCGACAAGGAUGACAGAUGGACGCCAGUUGUCGCGAUGCAAAUGAAGCGCUCCGGCGUUGGCUUAGCCGUCGUUGGUGGACAACUUCUAGAAACAGAAGAAAAACGCGUACAGGCCGCCAAACUGGGUAAAAAGGGCCUUCAAAUCCAAAAUAUUAUCAAGUCAAUGGAAGAUUCUCCGUUCUUCGCACAGAUGAAAGGUCAGCUGGAUGGAUUAGUCGAAAGAGGCAUAUUUAACAUACACUGCUACGGUCUUGGAUCACCGGCCAAUUCGAGGUCCUCCCGUCAUCAAACGGCUUUAUUAGGGCCAAUGCUUCUGUACUUACCUCACGUUCCGCUUUGGCUUAUUGACUGGCUCCUGUAUCUGAGAAGAGACGAGACAAGCCCGACAGUUCUGAUAGUCAAUAACUUCGAAAAUAUUAUCGAAACUCAAUCGAACGAAGAACGAAGCGAAUUGAAAAUUCUGAACCGAUAUCUCAGCAAUAUGACGGUCCUGACAUGCCUCCCAGUCGAGAAUAAUUGGGAGGAUGAACUCACUGCUUUCAACUCGCUGGCAAUCAUAAAAUUGCCGGGCAAAGAUAUCGACGUUUCUGAUAUUGAAUACGCCAAAGACGCGAUGCCCUACUCGCUGCUUGUCAAACCUGACUAUUUCAAUCCCGACAUCUUUUAA